UCCACUGAGCCGUGGGAGACGGGAUUAAAGUUCAACGUUAAAUCUGGAAAACACGGAUAAUCGACCACUCAGCAAUUAAAUGUGUGUCUCUCUGUGCGCGUUUCACUUUCAACUAAACCCGGACUUCAAGCAUCCCACGGUAAACACGGUGAAAUAGCUGACACUGGAUUCCUUGCUCACUUCUGACAUCCAGUGUCAGCAGCCGGUGCUUUUAAGAUGAUCAACCCUGAGGUGUACCUCCACUACAACCACACAGGGAAGCUGGAGCAUCGACCCAGCGUCGGCACAAGCUCCGGCACCGUGGACGCCAAAACUAUCGCGUUCCUCAUCAUAUGCAGCUUCAUCGUCCUGGAGAACCUCACCGUGCUGGUGGCCAUAUGGAGAAACCACAGAUUCCACAACCGCAUGUACUUCUUCAUUGGCAACUUGGCGCUGUGUGACAUGCUGGCUGGAGUGGCCUACCUGGUGAACCUGCUGCUGUCGGGGGAGAAGACCCUGCAGCUCUCACCUGCCCUCUGGUUCGUCAGAGAGGGAAGCAUGUUUGUUGCACUUGGAGCCUCCAUUUUUAGUCUCCUGGCUAUUGCUAUAGAACGACACCUGACAAUGAUCAAAAUGAGGCCUUAUGAUGCCAACAAGAACUACAGAGUGUUCCUGCUCAUAGGGACCUGCUGGCUGAUUGCCAUUUCUCUUGGCGCUUUGCCUAUUCUAGGCUGGAACUGCUUGGACAACCUCCCCGAUUGCUCCACUGUUCUCCCUCUCUACAGCAAGAAAUAUGUAGCUUUCUGUAUCACAGUUUAUAUGGUUUUGCUCUUGGCCAUGUCAGUCCUUUAUGCUCGCAUUUACAUCCUUGUGAAGUCCAGCAGCCGAAAGGUGAGCAAGAACAGGAACUCUGAGCAUGCAAUGUCCCUGCUGCGCACCGUCAUCAUUGUGGUCGGGGUCUUCAUCGCCUGCUGGACGCCCAUCUUCGUCCUGCUCCUGGUGGAUGUGGCAUGUGUGCAGCGCUGCCCCAUCCUCUACAAGGCUGAAUGGUUCAUCGCAGUGGCUGUGCUGAACUCAGCCAUUAACCCGGUCAUUUACACUCUGGCCAGCCGUGAGAUGAGAAUGGCCUUCCUGGGCGUGGUGUGUGGCAUUUGCUUCAGAGGGAAGGAUUCUGGGAAUGGCAGCGAAAACAGGAAAUCUCUGGAACCUAGCCGCAGCAGGAGCAAGUCGUGGAGCAGCCAGAACAACCCCAACCAGAGCCAGCAGAGCUCCAGGCAGGCGGAGCUGGAGAAGGGGCAGGAGGCGGCCCAUGGCGAGGUCUCAGUGGUGGCAGGGGGGGCUGCAAAGGCCGUCAUCGAAAGUGACAUGAAAGACUGAACUAAGUUAUCUACUCUAUGUCAAAGGGACAUUUGGUCCUAAUGUUGGACCUAUGCAUUGGUCAAAAUUGGUGACCAUAAUGAAAUACGAGCUCUGAUUGAUUCAAACGAAGGAUUUCUUGAAGUGCAGGGCAGUGGAUUUCUUCUAUAGGUGCAUGAUGUGUUUAAAUAUGCAUCAUCCAUUAAUGGGAAGUGUAUUAAAAUGACUACACAUUACACUGAUUAAUGUAUGAGGCCAAAGCGUUCAAGGAGACAAUCAAUAUUUACUCUUUGUCAAGUACAGUAUUACAAUAUCUCUUUCCAGUGAGAUUUACGCAUCUCCGAAUUUGGUCAUUUUAAAGUUACCCGAAGAUACAAAUCUUUAAACCAAUUGAAUUAUCUGGGGAACAUAAUGCAUUGUCAAUUUUCCCUCAUGCAAAGUUGACAUUUUGGAGGUUUGUGUUUUUGCAGGACAAGGACAAUUUGUACAAUUCUGUAGUUACAGAUUUGACCAAGAACACGAAUAAGAAGUGAAACUCACCUGCAAUGAAUUAAAGUGCAAUUAUAGUGCUGCAAAAAUAACAUAAUGAAGAAUGAUUGUAGACAAUCAUCCAUGUUAUGAUAAACUAUGUAAUGUAUUUAUUAUUCUGUAAUUUUAUAUUCACUCAAUUAUAGGCCAACUCAGUAUUACGUGCAGUUAUUUAACAAUAAGUGAAUUAUACAUGGUAUAUGUGAUGUCAGUGAAAUGUAAAAAAGCACAUGCUGAAGAGUUAAACCUGUUACUCGUUUCAUUAAAUCAGCAUCAUCAUGUUCAAACUGCAUCUGUUCAAACCACACAAUGAAUGUAGCUGAUGCAGUUCAUUCAACAUCAGUAGUCUAAGUGAUGCCAGGGCUCCAUCUGCUGCUCAAUAUAUGUAGGUUCAAUUCUCAAUGCUGACUAGAUAUUCUCCAACAUCCUGCACGUUCAAAACAGAAUCUCUUUAAUCCUAGUCUGUUGCAUUUUAAUUAGUUUCUUACAAAAUUCAACUUAAUCAUCUUUAGCAUGAAGCCAGAGGAGGCAUGUGAAUGCAGCAUGUGAAAUAAACGUUGUUAACUACAUGCAGCUAUUUAUAUAAUAUAGAAUAUUAGCUUUGACACAAUAAACCUUGUGCUUAUAGUAGAGUGCAGUGAUGUCUUUUCUAUCGAUUUAAUCAUUGGAGAAAAUAAUUGUUAUUUGUAUAUAUCUAGCCGGAUGGUUUGGAUUUGAUAUGUCCAAUUUUAGAGAGAACUGCCUCUGAGAUUUCUGCAGCCACAAUACAAUGAAGUUGAAUGCAUUUUUUUGCGAGUGUUUCUUUCAGAUUUGGAAAAUAAUAGCAACUUAUUUUUCAUGAUCAGCAUCCCUGGAUAGUCCUAGGACCUGAACCAUAUUCCUUGGGACUAUGUUUUUGAAAAUCCCUUAGGGUGUUCUGCGGCUUAUCCAGAAUAACACGUAAACUGUUAAUGGAUAUAUUUGUGUAAUCGUGUUUCCAAUGCGUUCAGUCUUAAUAACUAAAUUCUAUUCACCUCUGUUGUAUUGGGCUUGAGGCAGAAAUUAUUUAAAAAAUGAUCCUAAAGGUCAUGCAAAAUCCACUUUUUCCUGUCUGUUAUACAUAAUAUGUGUACCCUCUGUGUUAGGAGAUUCAAAAUGUUGCAGGAAAAAAGAUUCCCUCUCUCUCUUUGUCCUGAUCCAUUUAUAUAAAAACCUGUCUGAAAAUCAGCUGAUCAGAUUUCUCUCUCUCAGAGGGGCGUGGCCAGCAGCAGCUCAGACACAGCAUCAGCACUUUAGAAACAGGGCUGAAACAUGCAUUGUAUGGCGUACUACAAUGCAUGAUCUGUUUGUUAUUUCGAGCCAAACACUUCAGAGACAUGUAUUGUAUAUAUCUGAGACCUAUGACAUAUUGUUGAAAAAGAGCAUAAUAGGGGACCUUUAAAUCUACACAAAUAUUGGCUAAAAUAAUAGCCAAGAUUGCCAAAAGUGUCUGCAUGACAAGAUAAUCUGUGAAAUGUGUUAUCGAUCAUUUCAGCAGAUACAACAGAUUCUGCACAUUCACGGUUUUAUUGCCAACAGUCAUACAGAAUAAUGAUAAACCCAUACAACCAAAUGAUUAAAUCUGUAAACAUAA